UGUGCGUGCAUUAUGGCCUUGGGGCUUUCUUCACUAUUAGCUUAUUCCAGACUAUACGGCCACGUAUAGCGACUUUUUUUUUUCUUAUUUUAGUCAAUCGUCCGGUUCCCAACCUGCGUCGCGAUGCACCACUCCCAGCUGGCCCCUCUGCCGGACGACCUACCCUUCCGCAUCGUGUCGCAGACAAUCGGGCAGGGUGCGUACGCGUGUAUCAAAAAGGCCUGCCCAACCCAGUCCGAUAGCCCUAUUUUCGCUGUCAAAUUCAUCAACAAAGAGUAUGCCUCUCGCCAUGGCAAGAUCAGUCCCCGACAGUUGCAGAUGGAAGCAACUGUACACAAGCAUGUCAGCGGUCACAACAAUAUAAUAACCUUCUUCCAGACCGGGGAAGAUGUCAACUGGCGAUGGAUAGCGAUGGAACUCGCAGAUGGCGGCGAUCUCUUCGACAAAAUCGAGGCAGACGAGGGCGUCGGUGAAGAUAUUGCCCAUGUUUACUUCUCGCAGCUCGUCAGUGCGAUUAGUUAUAUGCACUCUAAGGGCGUUGGCCACCGAGAUAUCAAGCCAGAGAACAUGUUAUUAUCUGCGGACGGGAAUCUGAAGAUUGCGGAUUUCGGCCUUGCAACUCUAUUUGAGUACAAGGGAGAGACAAAACUGGCUACUACGUUUUGUGGCAGUCCCCCUUAUAUUGCUCCAGAAGUCAUUUCAUGUAGCUCCCGGGGCCCAAUAAAAGGUAAAGGCUACCGUCCGGAUCUGGUCGAUGUAUGGUCGUGUGGGAUCGUACUCUUCGUACUGCUCGCCGGCAACACCCCGUGGGACAGUCCAACGGACGAUAGCUACGAGUUCCACGAAUACAUUGCGACGAACGCGCGAACUACCGAUGAGUUAUGGCAAAAGUUGCCAGCUGCCACAGUGUCCUUGAUACGAGGCAUGCUGAAAGUAGACCACACGAAGCGUUUCACGCUUGAGGACGUGCGAAGACAUCCUUGGUUUACCCGUCAAAACAAAUAUCUAUCGCCUGAUGGCAGGUUGAGAGACCCGAUAAAUCUAGCAACCACCAUGUUCGAAUCGCUUCACAUCGAUUUCUCAAAGGACCCUCUCUCUUCUUCUCCAGGUGGCAUCAGUCGGGUUACCGACAUAAUGGAAGUAGAUGGUGAACCCGAUGCGGGUACCACUAGACUCUCUUCCACUCAACCAGAGGUACCGGUAGGGGACAUGCUAGUAGAGUGGGAUACACCUCACCAUCUGAUCAGUGAUGCCUUCUCGUCUACUCAACCGACAUCCAACCCCUUUUUAGCCUCCGUGACAGGCUGCCUCGAAGAUGAACCGUCCAUGUCUCAAUUCUCUCCUUGCCCUUCUGUGCCGUUAAGCCGAACACAGAAGGCGCAGAAAUUCUUCGAUAUCGUUCCAUCCCGUCCUAUGACACGCUUCUUUUCGACUUGGGAACUCAAACUGUUGGUGCCUCUUAUCUGCGAAGCCCUACAUCGACUUGGGGUUCCCGUGCCUGCAAUCCCGGCUGUGUCCGCGGGAGACACCUCGGCGGCAAUCCGAGUAGUUACAAGAGAUGGAAGGAUGUGCAUGCUCCAAGGGAAAGUCAUCAUGGAGUGUGUCUCUGAUGGCCUUUAUGAAAUUGAGUUUCUGAAGGCCAAGGGCGAUCCUCUGGAAUGGAGGCGCUUCUUUAAGAAAGUGGCCAUUCUUUGCAAGGAUGCCGUGUACAAACUGGACUCCUAGGUCUGUUGAACGGUUCUAUGCAGAUGCUCCCUCCUAUUAUGGCUUUGCAGGCCAUGUAUUUCACCUCCAUUUCUUUUUGACCAUUCUUCACUUUCCCCGCUUUAAUGUAAGGAUUAUUACACUGAUGGACAUAUGAACUACUGAUGAUCGAGAAAGCGCCAUGGAUAUACAGAUGAAUAAUGUUAUUAUGAUUUUGACUGGGCCGCAUUUUCUAUACAAGGGGGUUCACAGUUCACACAGUUGGACAGGGGCGAUUCAGGCCGCGAUCUGCCACAAUAACAAUAAUCCCGCUGCAUAACUUGAGUAGCAAAUGCCGGACCGCUU